AAUCAGAACGUUACUUACGCAUUCAUCGCUCGCGAAUCUUAAUAACAUGUAUAGUACUACAUUUUGUUUGUUUAUACUUUUUUCACUUAAUCUUCACACUAAUGUAUUCUGUAUAAAAGAGAACAAAUUUUUGAUAAAUUUUGGUUCCGAUUACGGUGUAAGUAUAGUAAACUCAAUGCAAAAGUUUAAUUAUGAGGACUUUUUUCAAAGUACGAUAAAAAGUGAAAAGUGUCUGAGCGAUUUAAAGGCGUUCUAUGCCAACUUAAAGAAUAUUACUGACGAUGGGAUGUGGGCGUUAAAAAUGAUUGAUGCAACUGCCAAAAUCCCCUCUGGAAUACUGAAUCUUAAUUUAGGCGGUUGGAUGGGUAGUUUUGAUGAAUGCAUAAAUAUUCACAGUAAAAAAACUAACAUUAGAGGGAAUUAUUGUUUAGGAACAAUUUAUAUAGAUAUAUCACAGGUCUUACAACAUGGCGAGGAUGCUUCUAUAAUGCGCAAGGCCCAUCUUUUUCAAAAACAAAAAGCAAAUUUUCAACAAGCCUUUCCAACUGCCUCGUAUCCAUCAUUUGGUAUCUGCAUACCCGAUGGAUGCAAGGAAGAAGACCUCCAAGCAGUGGUACUGGCCCUAAAUAUUACGAUUAAUCUUCCAUUCGAGUGCCAGACUUUUGAACAAGCAAAUCCGCCACUAUCAAAGGGUGCCUGGAUAACAGUUGGAUUCUUUGCUUUAUGUAUUGUUGUGUUAACCUCUUCAACAGCUUACGAUAUUUACUGUGAGAAAAUUAAAAAAGAACCAUCGCAUGCAUUGAUUGGCUCGUACUCCGUAUACAGCAAUGGUAAGAAACUCUUUAGAAUUAGGAAAAGUACCACUGAGCUGUCGUGUUUGCAUGGCAUUAAAGUACUUAGCAUGAUGUGGGUUGUUGCAGGCCAUACGUUCUCUAUCAUGAUCACUGGACCGGUCAUGAAUUCUCUAGAUGUCUUAAAAUAUAUUGACACAACAAAGAGUAUGAUAUUUGCAAAUGCUGUUCAUUCGGUAGACACUUUCUUGAUGGUCACUGGAUUAUUAGUGAUGUACAGUUAUAUGAAGUCAAGGCACCAGGGCUCUAAAUUCAAUUUGUUGGUUUUUUAUUUGCACAGAUAUAUCAGAUUGACGCCUCCAUUUUUGGCUGCUAUAAUUAUCAGUAUGACAUUAUUAAAAUAUAUGGGUUCUGGACCGCACUGGUCGUUUAUAGUGAAUUAUUUCCAGGGUUUCUGUGAAAAGAGCUGGUGGUCAGCUUUACUGUAUCUACAAAAUUAUAUUAAUGUGCAGCAGUGGUGCAUAGGUCAAACAUGGUAUUUAAAUAUAGAUUGGCAGUUGUAUCUCUGUUCUCCAAUAUUUUUGCUGUUGCUAUCAUGGAAACCCAAAUUAGGCCAAGCAGCAUUAUUUGUAGCGCUCGUAACAUUUAUAAUCGUCCCAUUUUACAUAACGUGGGUAAAUGAACUACCAGCUUUAAUAACCAACUUACAUGGUGACUUGGUAAAUUUUCAAAAUAAAUAUUAUUUGAUAACUCACACCCGAGCAUCCCCUUGGUUCGUGGGAGCGUUGAUGGGAUAUCUUGUUUUUCAAAUUAAAUUUGGAUAUUACAACAUAAAACUAAAUAAGGUUCUUAUUAGCGGAAUCUGGCUAACUGUACUUUCGUUGAUUCCCAUAUGUAUUUUUGUUGGCCAUAAAGAUCUGACAUCUGAAAAAUAUAACAAAUACGCUAAUGCUUUUUACAAUUCGUUAGUGAGACCUCUUUGGGCAAGUUGUAUUGGUUGGAUAGUGUUUGCCUGUACAAUGGGCUAUGGAGGUUUUAUCAACAGCUUCCUGUCUUUGCCAAUUUUCCAAGUAUUAAGUAGAUUUACAUACAGCAUAUAUCUGUUACACGUGACCAUUUUAUAUAUGAUAACAUACGCGGCCAAAUCACCAGCGUAUUUUUCAAUUUUUCAUGUGGCCUAUUCAUUUUGGGGUAUCACCAUGAUGACCUUUGUCUUGUCGACAUUUUGGGUAUUAACCUUUGAAUCUCCUGUUAUAGUAAUAGAAAAAUAUUUUCUAGACAAGUAUAAGACCAAAACUAAAACGACUAAUAUUAACCAGGUAAUAUUACAUUGUGAAACAACGCCACUAUUACAUAAAACAAUAUAAAUUGUUUAUUAUCUAAAGAUAUAUAUGAUUUUAGUGAAAUGUAUAAAUAUUACUAACACCAAAAACAUACAUGGUUACGAUCCCUACUAAAAAACUAACCUGAUGCAUGCCUGGGAUAAAGAAAACUAACAAUAUAUUAUUUAUAAUUUAGCUAGCACAAAGUGUAAAUAAUUUGUAAGAAAAUAAUAUUUUUUUAAGUAAAAAUAAGAGUUUUGUAUGAAAUAAAAUUCACCAUCAUAAAAAAAUCUCUACUAUACAAAAUAGAGCAAAUUUAUUUUCUAAAAAUCUUAACACUUCUUAUAAUAUAAUAAUAGUUUAAUAAUAUAUAAUCACAAUACAUUUUUACAAACCUUGUAAUGGGUUAUUUAACCACGAAAAAAUAUAUUUAAAAAAAUAGCUUUCUAGCACACUAGGUAAGUUAUGCAAAGUAACUAUGCUCACAUAUAAUAUGUUGAAUAAGCAUAUAAAUCAACCCGAAUGUAAUUAUAAGAUUUAAAAUAAAAUUCUUCUCUUAAGGUGGUCGAAAAUAACGUGUAUCUAAAACUGAUUUUUUAUUGAAUUCAAACAUUUAUUCUAAACAAUACUUAUUUGCUACCGAGAUAAUAUAGAGAUAUCUACAAUAAUAAACUGUACAGAAGGAUGUGUCUAGUUUUAUUUGAAAUCAUUUAGUUCAAACAUAUGGUUCAGUUUUAGAUACUUUGCUUAUACAGGGUGUCCCAGAAAUGAGUGCAGAUAUUUUAAGGGGUGGUAGAUCGGGUCAAAAUAAACAUAUUUUCUCUUUACCAUUUUUAAAAUAAAUUGAAAAUAACCGAGUUAUUUAACUUU